AGAGACGUGUUUGGGGUCCUUUACCAGGGCCAGGCGGCUGCAGACCCCUGACUGUGUCCUGUGUGUGUCGGGGGGGAGGUGUCCGGCGGUGGAGGGCGGAGGACGGGUCUGGGGCAGGGAGAGCUCCCUUCUAGGGCUGAAGCCCGGGCAGCUUCCUGCUGCCUCCCUGCUCCCUGACCUCUGCAGGCCACAGGUGCAGUCACCCAGCACCCUGUGUCCCGGCCAAAGGCCACGGCCCGCCUGAUCUGUGUGUGUCCCUCACAUCCUCGGGGUCCAUCUGUCCUCCGUGUCUGUCCUCGGUAGCCCCUCGUGCGCCGAUGCCUCUCCGCCGCCCCCAGACUCAGUCUCCCCUUGGUCCCAGCUGUCACUUGCCCCAAGGCUGCAGAAACCCCAGGGCUGGCACUUGAGGUCCUGGCUCCCGCUGUGCCGGAAGUGGAGGGAGCAGCCUGUCCUGUCCCGAGGGCCUCGGCCUGGAGUCCAGCACAGCGGGGCAUCGCGGUAGCUUGCAUGGCACGGCUGGGCAUGGGCCGUGAGGUCAGAGAGGCCUCCGGAUCUCAGGGGCAGGAGGAGAUGCUGCCCAGUAAUAGCGAGGGCCACUUCAUACCACUGGGCUGGCUGGCUGAAAAACACCCAGAUGCAGAACAACAGCGUCAGUGAGCGUGUGCAGAAGAUGGAACUCGGCGGGUGGGAAAGGCACCACUGCUGCUGUGGAGUUGUGACAAAGUUUGAAGAUUUCUUGAAAGGCGAACAUGGCAUUGUGCUGGGACCUGGUGCUUCCACUCCUAGAACGUGGGCAAGGUCGUCGCCAAGGGCUGCCGAUACCUCAUCCUCGGCCUGCAGAGCUUCGCCACCGCCUACUCCUCCCCGUUCGCAGUGGCCACCAGCGUGGUAUCCUUCGUGCGCUAGAGGACCCCGCGCCUUCUGGACUUGGACUCGCAGUGCACGCGGACUGAACCAGAGAGCUGCCUUCCUUGUUGGGUCGGACGGGUCAGGCGCGAGCCACCCUGCUGCCCUCCGGCUGCCUCGGCUCCUGGACACUGGCCGGGUGUCCUGUGGCCUGGACUGGGCCCGGGAGAGUUGGUCCUGGGACACUCAGCCUUCGUGGGAAGGCAGCAGGGUGGGCUGGAGACGGGCUAAGUCCAUCCCAGGGCAGGGAGCGGCCUUGCCGGGCCCCUGGUUCGGGGUUCCCCUGCUCAGGGUGCAGGCGCCCGGGGUGCCCAGCGCCCUGGCUUCCUCACUUCCGAGGCUGCACAAAGUAGCUGUGUAUUUCUCUUUUCUUUCUUUUUUUUUUUUGGUACCAGGGAUUGAACUCGGGUCCUUGCGCUUGCAAGGCAGGCCACCGAACCGCUGAGCUGAGUCCCUGGCCCCAGUAGCUGUGUAUUUCUGAAAUCGUGCUCUCCUACCCUGUCUCUCCACCACUCUGUCCUGGGAAUUUCCUCACAGGCUUGGGAAGAGGGAGGGCGGGCGGAAGAGAGAAAGGAGCGGGAAGAGAAGGAGGGUGGGGAAGGGCAGGGGAAGGGAGGGAAGGACAUCUUCCCUUUGCAGGCUCUGAGCUUUGCCUCGUGCAGUCUCAGCUGGGCCACGGGCUGGGGAGCACCGGAGACUCCUGAGCUCCUC